AUUAAAAAGCAGAGAUAUGGUUAGCGAGAGCUGAGAUGUUCCGGAUCGAGGGCCUUGCGCCGAAGCUGGACCCGGAGGAGAUGAAACGGAAGAUGCGCGAGGAUGUGAUCUCCUCCAUACGGAACUUCCUCAUCUACGUGGCCCUGUUGCGAGUCACUCCUUUUAUCUUAAAGAAAUUGAACAGCAUAUGAAGAGUGGGUGUCACGUGUGAAUGCAUGGUGUGAAGAACCUGGCUGCAGUUUCUUCUCCUAUCUGCAAGUGAA